AUGCCAGCAAUCAAGAAAAAAUGGAUUAAGGCCAGUCAGGAUGGUGCAGAUGCACCUGAGGACAAUGAUAUUGAACCUGUGGGCGAUGAAGACAAAGAUGCAACAGGUACCGGUGAAAGUACUCCAACGCCAGUUAAAAAACCCCAGAAACGGUCUGCUCACUCACCUCAACAUUUACUGAGAGGAUUGGAUGGGGAAGUGCUUUUGGAGAAGCGCAAACGUUUCAUCCCACCAGCAGAGCUCAAACUUUCAGAAUGGUAUUGUUCUUUUGUUGCUUUUUAGUCUUUAAAAAUAAAUAUGCUUUGAAUUUUCUUUUGCUCUCUUUAGAUUUUUAUGAGCCUUGAAGCACGAACAACAUAGGCAUAUUAAUUAGAAUGUUAUUAUUUAUUGUUUUAAAAAUGCACAUAGCAAUUAAUUGUAUGUAAAUUAUUGUGAUAUUUCAUAGUUGUGGCUCUACUUAAGUCGAAUUUAUGGAAUAUGGUGACGAAAUUGGACUUUUUUUUUUUAACCAUAGUUUGUAAAUUUAUUGUGAUAGAACUAAGACGAAGCAGGAAAUAUCUUUAAUAACUUCGAGCCUUUGGGGAUGAAGCGUGUUUUUGAAAUAAACUUUAUUAUUAUUAUUAUAAAUAACUGUUCUGCAACCUUUUGAUAUUAUGUUACAAUUGAUAUUAUGUUACAACAUAAUAUUUCUAAUUCAUGCACCAUGCAAAAAGGGUAUAAAACUACCUUAAAAGACUCAUUUAAAAGUCUUUCAUUAUUAUUUUUUGGUCUUCUAUAUACCAUUGAAAAUAGCUCUGUGUGCCUUGUCUGGGAUGCAAGCCUUGGUUUGCCCACUAAAUUAUAAAAUAUGUUUUUUACAGUCUACUUUUUUUCUUUUAGGCUAGAUGAUAAUCUUGAGCAGCGCACAGAAGAAACUCUUCAUUUACCUAAUUUGUAUAAAUAUUAUACUGAACUUUGCCAAGCAGAAAGCUCUGAUGUUUUGGAUCUGCAGCAAUUUAGUCGGGUAAUGGCUUUUCUUCAUUGUUUUGUCCAUGUGACUUUAGUACUUGACUUUGCACAUCAAAUCAGUCAUUCUGUGCUUUCAGAUAAUGAAAAUCACAUCAAGUAAAGAUUGUUAACAUACUAUGAAUUAAUUUAAUUUCUGUUAUCUUGCUGAUUCCACCAAAUGAAUUUGAGCUCUAAAUUAAUAAAGAAACACUGUUGGACCAAUAGGAACUAAAUGAGUUUGGGCAGCAGUUUAACCUAUUGGAUCAACAGAUUGUUCAUCAUGCUUUGAAUUUUUUACAUGCCACGAGACAGCUGUGUACUUAGUAUUAUUAAUAAAAUGAUACAUCUAUUUUUUUAAUACACUUUUUCUACUUCAUGAAUCAUGAUUGAUCUGGAUAAUGCACUGCAAGUUUUUUUGUUUUUUUUUCUCCAACUCUAUUGAAGUUAAGGAAGCAUGUAGCAGUUUGCAUAGGGUACCUGGUAUUACUGUAGUAAUUAAACAGUCAGUCUUCACUUGUUGGGUUCUUUUUCAACAGACUGUCAAAGAUAAAUUUGGGAAGUCAUUCGGCAUUAAAGCUAAUUCUGUCUACAAGGCCCUUAUUAAAGAGAAGAAGCUCAAUAAAGAAAAGAAGAAGAGUGGGAUCAAGAUGAAGGAGGUUGUGCAUGAAGCCAUCAAUCAUUUUGGCAAUCCUGUAUCCUUUCAUUGGCACUAACUUUCUGGUUUUAUUUUAGCAUUUGAUUAAUUAUUAUCAAAAUACAUAUAAAUGACAUUCUUAAAAAUAAUGCAAGUGCGUUUGGUGCGUAAGGUUUUCUUUUGUUUUAUGGAAAUAGGGUAAUAAAUCUGUGGAGUACAAGAGAUGGGACAUUAGAAUAUUAAUAAAUUUCAAGGGUGAUUGGGAGGGGGGGGCACUAGUUUGGGAAUCUUAUAAACUGCGUUACUUGAGUGUAUUGGUGAGUUAAUUUUGUAGAUGGGAAGUUGAUGAAUCGCAGCUGCCAUUGUAUAAAUAGUUUCUUAUAAAUUUUAACAAAUACUGUUUUGAACAUCACUAGUUUCUAACUUUAAAAUUUUAUCUUUAAAAAAAAAAUCUCUCAACAUUCCUAUAACCUUAACUAACAUACAGUGGGGUGGUGUUCGAUUUUUUGCGCUAAAGACAUAUAUUGGAACUAAAUAUCCUGCCAUCCAGAUUGACCUGAGGCCAAAAAUUCUUAAACGAGCCCUAGAAAUGGGAGUACAAUAUGGUCAAAUAGAUUUGGUAAGCCCCAACUCAAAAAAUAAUAUUUUUACCACUUUUUAUUAAACUGGUUAGUAGCAAGUCUCAUGGGACUUUUUUUAUAAUUAAUCUUUUUAAAAAGCUUGUCUCCCAGGACCUUUUAUUUGAUCAAUUUUUUUAAAUAUUUUAUUUGGCAUGUAUGGUUGCAUAACUAAAUAUAUUUUAUAAACAAUCUAAACUGAUCAUAUGCCCACUUUUUUUACUCUUACAAUGGCCUACAAUGUACAAUUGUAAUUGUAUAUGUAACCAUUAGAUGUAUUUCUUAUAUUGAAAUUUUUCUGUUAAAAUCAUAUAUAUUUUAAAUCUAUAUGAUCUAUCAUCUCAUUUUCAUGAUGUAGGUGAAAGGCAUAGGUAUGGCUGGAUUUUACAAGCUUCCUGGCGGAGAACCACCCUCACCCAAAAAAAAGGAAAAUAAAGUAAUUCUUAGUUACACCAUACCAAACCACUUCAUAUACACUGUAUGUGGGUCUUCUUCAAAUGAUGAGCUACUAAAGAGUGAGAACCAUGAGCAAUAGAUUAUUGGUGAAAGAAGAAAUUAAUAUUUUUAAUGGGACUAAGAAAGAAUGCAAAUGUAUAUAAAACCACAGUAAAUUAGUCAACAGCAGUUACAACUUUGUCUUACACUUUAGAGACCCCUUGGAAUUAACUGCAAACUUGAAAAAUUCUUUACUAAAUUUUUUAUGUUAAAUAAGGCUUAACACUAUUUGUGACCUUAAUAUGAACAUUUUUAAUGUUUUCAAUAACUUCUAGGAGGAGGAAGGUGAAGAAAAGGAAAAGGAGAAAGAUGGUGAAUCAGCAGAGGGUAUAGAGUCAGUAGAUGAAAAAGAUCCAGAAUCAAAAGCAGCUGAUGAAAAUGGUGAAAAAAAAGAGGAGGGUGAAGAAGUUAAAACAAAAAAGCUGAAGCAAAGUAAGAAUAAAUGGAGCUUGGUUUUUCUGUUAAAAGUUUAUUUUUGAACUAACUAUUUUAAAUUUUAUACAGGUUUGAAAGUAAUUUAUUUGCUGUAAAGCUGUUCAGCUCAUUCCUGACAGCAGUGCUACUUCCGUACUUAAUUUAUAUUCCUGAGAAGUAACUCUGUUUUUGAAAGUGAUUUACAUUUGUCAAGAAUUUUUUUAAGCUGCUAAAUAUUAAUUAAUAUUAAUGAAUUGAGGAUAAAUCCAUUCAGAAAUGAAUAAGGUUAAAUAAAAAAAAUAUAUAUCAUUAAGUGUGAAAAAUAGACGCACCAUACUAAAGCACACAUAGAUUGUAAGUGAAACAAGAUACAAAAUUUUGGUUUUUAAAUUGAAAUCAUACAGAUUCAUGCCAUCGUUGGGAGUCUCCGGUGACAAAAGAUUUCUUUGUUAUUUUAUUUUAAAAUUUUUUUAAUUAAUUGUAAGUUGAAUCUUGUUUAUUAGAAAAGGAUAAUACCUCACACAAUUAAAAUAUUGUAAGCUAUUGAAAACUGAAUUAACUUCCCAGGUAAUUUUUCUCCAAAGAUUGAUCAAAGGGGCACCAAUGCUUAACAUAUAUAUAACUUUUCUCUGCUGUUAUCAUCAUCAUGUCCCUUAGUCCUUGGACCGUUGGGGCGCCACAGAUGACAUGUGAACUAUCCUCCUCCAUUCGUCUCUAUCUUCUGCACUUCGCACAGCAUUGCCUAGCUUUAGUCCUGUCCACUCUUUGAUGUUAUCCUCCCGUCUUUUUCUUUGUCUUCCUCUUCUUCUCCCUCCUCUUGUGGUGCCCUGCAAUAUUUCUUUGGCAAGCCCUUGUUUCCUUGUUACGUGGCCGUACCAUUUUAGUUUGCAUUUUUUCAGUCACCAGUAGGUCAUCGUACUCCCCAAUUGCCUGGCGAACCCUUACUUUCACUGUAUAAUUGGAGUUAUGGUCCCUAUAGCAGAUGUCAAAAUGCUUCUGAAGCAUCUCAUCUCCAUGGCCUUUAUUUUCCUAUAAAAAUCUGCUGUUAAUGUCCAGGAUUCGCAGGCAUACAGGAAAAUGGAGUGGACUAGUGAGCGCAUCAGCCUGAUUUUGGUGCAGGGGGCUAUAUUUUUGUCAUUCCAUAUUUUCUUGAGCCUCUUUAGUGCUGUUGUAGUCUGCGCAAUCCUGGACAUCAGUUCGGGUUUGGAGCCUUCUUCUAAGACUAUUGCUCCUAGGUAUUUGAAGCGGCCUACAGUCUCUAGUCUUUCCUCCGCGACCUUAAUUUCAGUGGUGAUGCCUGUGGUGUUAUUUGUCAUCAGUUUUGUCUUUUCGGCACUGAUUAGCAUGCCGUAGGUCAUUCUCUGCUUUCAAUCGUUAAUAAUAAAAUAUGGCACAUUUCACGACUCUGCUCAAUUAAAGUAUAUUGAAUUAGUGGCUUUGUUUGGAUGGUUCUAUUUUAAUGCUCUAUGUAUUCAUACAGAAAAAGUGGAGAAAGUGAGUUAUUCUUCUAUCAAUCACGGGGAUCCCCAGAAGAUUGAAGACACAUUCCCACUUGCCAUCACCUACCAGUCAGCCCCUAAAGCGGUAGCUGCCACCAGAAUUAGGAGAUACAUUCAAGAGAAGUAUGAUGAGAUUGUUCAAGAUAACAGGUAAGAGAACCAAUUAAAAAUUAAAAGAUUAUUUCCUUUGGUCUGAAUCUUAAAUUACUUUAAGAAUAUGAUGUUAGACUUAAUGCCAUUCUUUUUCUUUUACCAGUUUGUGUAAAGUUUGACAAAUUAUUUUUGAAUAAGCUGAGGUUCAAAAAUUAAUAGAGAAUUUGAAUACUACUUAAUCCAGCUGUACAUGGAUUUGUUUUUUGUUUUUUUAAAAGAUUUCUUUGUUGUUUUUUUUAAUAAUUAAUUUUAUGGGGAAAAAAGUUUUUUCCAGUUGAAUAUUUUAUUUUGAAUUUCAGAUGGCGUAAAGCUAUAGAAAGUGGUGUAGACAAAGGCUACUGGGAAUAUGCUUCUGGUUCUGGUAUUUCUGGGAAAUUACAUCUACUAAUGGAUGAUUUUGACCCAAACUGUAAGUCAUUUUUACAAAUUAAUUAAUUUAGCAUAUUUUCAAUUUCAGUUCAAUUAAUUGAUGCUGUAAACCUCUCAUUUAGAGGCAUUAAUAGGACUAAGAUUGGUUUUGUAUUUAGAUUUGAAUGAUGGUUAGAAUAGCAACACCUGGGUUUCCCAUUAUUCCUUGGGAUCACAUAAUAAAGUAUGAUACAUUUUAUUUAUUAAUAAUAUUUUUUAUCAUAUUUAAAAUGUCUGUUUUGCACCUCUGGAUUUUUCCUACCAACCUUUUACACUUACCUUGUCUUUAUCUCCAUAAGAACUACAUUCUUACCAUUACUGAUCUCAAUCAUAGUCCCAAAUAAUACUUGUAAAUGUUGAUCCAACCAGCUUGCCACAUACUUAAUGUAAUCUAAAUCUUAUCUGAUUUAAAUUUUACAUGAUACCUUGCCAAUUUUAAGUUAAUGUAUCCUAAACAAAGGUCUAUUUCUUAGGCAAAAAAAAAAGCCCUUUUUUUUUUGAGAAAGACCUAGAUAACUUCUGAAGAAAUUUUAAUGAAAUCUAAAUUUUUUAAAAUAAACAUAUUUCCUUUUUUUCUAUCUACUUUAAUUUGUAUUUUUUUUUUUCUAAAAUGGAACCCAAUUCUCUCUAACCGCCAAUCAUUAAGUUCACCACCAGGUGUUGUAAAGAAAAUUAAUUUAAAUUUACAACUAGAUCUUUCAAAUAAUUUACUGGAUUUUUGUUCUUUAGUUGUAAUUUGUUUAACUGACUAUUUUAUUAAUAAACAAAUCUCUUGACUAAGAAGGCUUUUACUACUAUUCAGCUGUUCUGAAAUAUGAAAAUAAUUUAUAGUAAAAAAUGUUUACCUUUUAAUUUUAAAAGAAGAGACUUUGAUUCGGAUUAAAUCUAUAUUUUGUUUUCUUUUUUCAAGCUAAUUCCAUUGAGGAUAGAAUCUGUGCUGCGAUCAUUGCAUGCCAUGAGCCCAAGGCAGCAUCUGCCAACCAAAUAAAAAAAUAUAUUUCUCAGUACCAUCCUGAUUUCAAGGUGGAUGAACGUCCUGACUUAUUUAAGAAAGCUCUUCAGCGAGCCAUCUCCAAAAAUAUUAUUACGUGAGUACAUUUUAAAUUUUUUUAAAAAAUUGUUUGUUGAUCAUUUCUAUUGUUUCCCUACCCUUUUUCUUAUUGAUUUUUAACUUAAUUUUUUGUAUAAUCCCAUUCAAGUGCUCAUAUCUAGGGUUAAUGGAAGGGUACAGAGCUUCUAUAAUUGAGGCAGUCUAAUUUAUUACAUUUCUAUGGAGAUGUGUUUUCCUUCUGUACCAUUGUCAAUGUUUUCAUCUUAAUUGAUAGGGAAUAUUUAAAAAAAACACUUUCAUGGCGUCUUGUGGACAUAGGCACCUGCAGGAUUAUUUUGUGGGGUCAAGUCAGUUAAUAAGUAUCCUUCAGGUUCAACACUAUAAAAACUUGCACAUUUCUUCCCCAAUCACAGUCUGAACAAUAGUGAUGUUCCAUGUUUAAAGGACUGUUUCGAAGUAUCCAUUGUGCCCCUUUUUCAAGACAAAUGAUUCCCGUCAUAGUUUUAUGAUUAUUUUUUUAUUUGCAUUUAGUGAACUUGGCUAAAUAUAUUUUCUGAUAAACUCCAUAUUGUCUGAUGUUUAAUCAUUCAUGACCUUUUUCUCUGUAAUAAUAUAUUUAAAAGAAAUCAGGAAAUAUUUGUAGCCAUCUCACACUUUGUCUUAACUGUUUAACAUACGAAAUCCUUUUGAUAAAGGGAUGAAUGGCCUGGGGUUUAAAUGUAGGAGGUUUUUUUUGUUGAACAUAUGUGCAGGCGACUAUGAUGUGUCUGAUUACAUAAUUGAUGUGGCUUUAUUUGUAUUCACAGGCAGCUGAGUGGUCUUGGUGCUAGUGGCUCGUUUCAGCUAACAUCUCAUUUCAUACCAUCUCCACUCGUGCUAGCUGGGGAAAAUGAUUCGGAUGAGGAAGGGGACAAUGAUUCUGGGAAUGAUUCUGUUUAUAUUCCAAAAGGGACAAAAUCGAGAGGUGUACCCAAAGUGAAGACAUUGGCAGUUGUUCACUCACCUCCAAGUAAAUCAAGAAAAAACAAACCUUUGAAGAAAACCAUCAAAAGUAAGGGUAAGGAAACAAGAUUUUCUGAUGAGUCAGACUCGGACAGCCAGUCACAAAAACCGAAAGGGAAACAGUCGACACCAAAAGGAAAACAGGGGAAAGCAAAGUCCAGUAGCAAAAAGCCAGCUGCACAGUCUGCUUCCUCUGAUGAAGGGGAAGAGGAAGUAAAAGAUGAACCAGAGUAUACACCUCGAAAGUCCCAGUCGAGGGGGGGGUCAUUGCCAGCCAAGGCUACCAAAAAUGGCCGGCAGAAAACCAAAAAGACUGACAGUGUUUUAGAGGAUGAUGAUGAUGAUGAGGAGAUACAGCAAGACCUUGAAUACACUCCGCGCAAGAGCAAAUCUAGAGGAGGGGUGGGAAAAUCCAGUGCCGCUAAAUCAGAUGAGGAUCAGCGGGCACCAAAGAAAGCGAAGUCCAAAGCUGCUGAGAAAGUUGUGUCUGAACCAAAAAAGAAUGCUCGUAAAACACCAUCAAAACCAUCAGAAGUGCAACACUCUGAUGAAGAAGAGCAGCAGGUUAAAAAGAAAGCGCCAAAAUCAGCAUCUGUUGAUGAAGAAGCUUCGGGUGCAGAGGACCCUAAGGGGAAAAAGAAUGGCCGUAAAAGAAAAGCCCCAGAUACAGUGGUCCAUGAUGAUGGUGCAGCAGUUGAACCUAAAGGGAAAAAGAAUGCCCGCAAGUCCAAGUCUAAAGAUGAAAACUUAAGUGAUGAUGAAGAGCCUGAAUACACACCUAGAAAAUCCAAGUCCAGAGAAUCACAAAUUGAACAACAGCAAACCCCAAGCGACAAGAAGAAAAGAUCAAGGGUAAAUUAACAUACACUAUACAUUGUUGACAUUUCCAUGGCAAAGCAGGGGCACAAUAUGGGUUUAUGCUAGUCUGGGAUUCAUGCCAUGCUAGCUUGAGAUACGUUAGCUUUGUAACUUACCCUGGUUCUGGCUUACUUUAAUUUUAACGAAGACUACAGAAAAAUUCAAAUUGCACUUAUUGUCAUGGGAAUUUUUGUAAAUGCUUUUAUGGGAAAAAACGGGAAAGCGGAAUGAGUGUUAAAUCCUUGCAGUUGGUCUGACCUCAAUUAUUUUUAAAUGAAGUGAUUUUAGUAUGCUAUUCAAAUGACAUGCUGACAAGAGCAAAAAUACCCUGGCAUACAACAAGGUGAGAAUAAGACAUAAAAUUGUAAGAAGAAAUUUGAUAUUCCCAAAGUUAAAUUUAAUUGAAAUCCCCCAACCCUUGACACAACAUAACAUGUUAUAGUAUAUGGCAAAAGAUAUGAGAGAUUACUUGAAACUAUCAAGUAGUGGUGUUCAUCAAAAUCCUCACAAGCUGUCAGUGGGGAUUUUUUUUAACAAGCUGUUGCUUUUAUUCUUGAGUCUAUUUUUACCGAGAUUUUAUGACCAUAUAGUUCUUUUUCCUUGCUUAAAAUAAAUGUUUACGUGGAUCUGGACAUUGAUUUGAAUGAGUCCGCCCACUGUAAAAAUGGGCCAAGGAACGUACUUUUUCGUCUUGAAGGUCCCAACAUACAAAAAAAAAAGUUUUUAUUUUACAUGUGAACUGAUAUUCAAAUUAUAUUGUAUUUUAAUUUCUUGCAUGUUUUUGUUUACAUAAUGGUUUGUUUUUGUUUACAUAAAGGUUUGUUUUUGUUUACACAAUGGUUUGUUUUUGUUUACAUAAUGGUUUGUUUUUGUUUACACUAUGGUUUGUUUUUGUUUACAUAAUGGUUUGUUUUUGUUUACAUAAUGGUUUGUUUUUGUUUACACUAUGGUUUGUUUUUGUUUACACAAUGGUUUGUUUUUGUUUACAUAAAGGUUUGUUUUUGUUUGCAAAAUGAUUUGGUUUUGUUUACAUAAUGGUACCUAUUCUCCCUUGGCACAUUUUAACUUUCUUGCAUAUUGAAAGAUUGUGAGACUUUGUUAAAACCUUUAGAAAUACCUUUGUGUGUGCCUCAGAUUGUAACAUUGUUUGUGCAUGGGGUUUUUUGACUGGAGUCUCUUGAUACUGGGUCUCACAACAUCAGUGAACUUGUUUGGGGGUGGGGGGUGUACUUGUGUCAGGCCCUAGUGUUCUAGCUUUGAAUAAAUUGUUUUUGGUUGUUUUUUUUCUUUAUCCCUUGUGCUGAGAUGGAUGUGUUCUCUGGUCGUGUUUUGUAAGUGAAAACACAGCUGACACCUUUAACAGAGGUCUCUACUGUGUUAUCCUUACUGUGUUGUAAGUGUGCUUGUUGGCCCUAUUCACUGCCAAAAUGUAUGGAAGUAUAAUGUGAUACAUUUAAAAUGAAGGGCAUGAUGUUGUAUUUUUUUUAUGAAUGAAACUUGAAGAAUCUUUUCUUCCCUUCUUUAGGGCCUUAAUUGGUAUUUUUUCCUAAAUUUGUUUGUGCAAUGUAUAAUUAUAAUAAAUUAUACAAUUGAACUUCUUUAAAAAUAAUUUUAUAUUUAACUCCUGUCUUUACCAUUGGCUUGCAAAAUAUGUUUGUUGGUUGGUUUUAUUUUGUUUUACAUUAAGCUUUACGAUAUGUUGAGACGAUAUGUUGAGACGUGUCAAUUUUUAAAAAAGAAAAACACUAUUAGUUGAUGGUCUUAGUUUUUGGAAUGUUUGAUUUUAAAAUAUUGGUGUCCAUUGCUGAAAUAAUCAUGUUUCAUUUGAACUUUGGUGUGUUUCUGUUCAUCAUUUAUCCUGGACUGACAUGAAUAUUUAUCAUAAGUGAUUCUGAAAUAUACUUUUUCUUUAGAGGUUGUGGAUUAAUAUAGUAUUAUUUUAUACAGCACACAGAUUUCUUUGAUAUUUUGUCCAUUACUUUAAAUUAGAAACCCCUUCCCCCCCUUUUUUUUCUUCCAAUGCUUGUGUCCUCCUUACUUAAUGAAAAGUAAAAUCAGAAACAGAAGUCCAAAAGUUUUAAUGUAGUUUCAAUAUUUUUCUGUUUCUGCACCAAGUUUGAAACCAAAUAAAUGAUUGGACCCGAAGAAGGAUAAUGUCACGGAAAAUCAUUUAUUACACUUGAAUGACUGUAUUAAUGUCUUGCUUCAUUCAAUGAAACUUAUGAAAUAUUAAUUGUAAUGCCAUAAGCCAUCAUCUGUCACACUUGUAUGACUGUAUGCAUUAAUCAUUGUCUAACUUCAGUUCAAGCUCAUGAAAUAAUAAUUGUCAUGCCAUAAGCCAUCAUCUGUCACACUCACAAACGGCACCUGUUUGACUGUAUGCUUUGCGAUGGUAAGUCUGAAUCCUCAAAUUUCAUUCAUUAUCAUUUUACAAACCAUUUAAUUGGGUACCACCUCCUAUUCCUUUUAACUUUUGCAAUGGAAAUAUUGACCGUUAAAAAAAAAAAAAAAAAAAAGAUUUGUAUUAUUUCUAUAAUCAUUGGUCCAGUAAUUAUUCAUAUAUCUCUGUGUUUCAUAUUUACUUGUCAUCAUAAAACUUGUAUCCACACCUUGUUGUAUUAUUUGGAUUUUCUAUGUGCUUUUUGGGGCUGUACUGUAUGCUGUAUGG